UUCAGACCCAGAACCGUUACCGGAGCGACGGCUGGAGCUCGUCCCGCCUCCCUACCCUGUUGCCAAUCGAAAAGGCGUUGCCUGGGCGACGACCCCACCUCUUCCGGUGCGGACCCCGACUUCCGGCAGGGGGCCUGGCAGCGGGCGGCGGUCCGGCAGCGGCGGGGUCCGGGGCUGGGGUGGGGGGGCGCCCAAGAUGGCGGCAGGCGGCGCGGAGGGCGGCUCGGGCCCCGGCGCCGCCAUGGGGGAUUGUGCGGAAAUCAAGUCGCAGUUCCGCACCCGCGAGGGCUUCUACAAGCUGCUCCCCGGCGACGGCGCCGCCCGCAGAUCGGGUCCGGCUUCCGCCCAGACCCCGGCGCCGCCCCAGCCGCCGCAGCCCCCGCCCGGCCCUGCCUCUGCCUCGGGCCCCGGCGCCGCGGGCCCCGCUCCGUCCCCUCCGCCUGCAGGCCCCGGGCCCGGGCCCGCGCUGCCUGCUGUGCGCCUAAGCCUCGUGCGCCUCGGGGAGCCCGACGGCGCCGGGGCCGGGGAGCCGCCCGCCACGCCCGCGGGGCUGGGCGCCGGGGGAGACCGUGUCUGCUUCAACUUGGGCCGCGAGCUCUAUUUCUACCCGGGCUGCUGUCGCCGUGGGAGCCAACGGUCCAUUGACCUCAACAAGCCAAUUGACAAGCGGAUCUAUAAGGGCACUCAGCCCACCUGCCAUGACUUCAACCAGUUCACUGCUGCCACGGAAACCAUUUCCCUGCUGGUGGGAUUCUCAGCCGGUCAAGUCCAGUACCUGGAUCUCAUUAAGAAGGACACCAGCAAACUAUUCAAUGAGGAGCGGCUCAUCGACAAGACCAAGGUGACGUAUCUGAAGUGGCUGCCUGAGUCAGAGAGCCUGUUCCUGGCGUCGCACGCCAGCGGCCACCUGUACCUGUACAACGUGGGCCACCCGUGCGCCUCCGCGCCGCCGCAGUACAGCCUCCUGAAACAGGGCGAGGGCUUCGCCGUCUACGCCGCCAAGAGCAAGGCGCCCCGCAACCCGCUGGCCAAGUGGGCCGUGGGCGAGGGGCCCCUCAACGAGUUCGCCUUCUCGCCCGACGGCCGGCACCUGGCCUGCGUCAGCCAGGAUGGCUGCCUGCGCGUCUUCCACUUCGACUCCAUGCUCCUGCGGGGGCUCAUGAAGAGCUACUUUGGGGGCCUGCUCUGCGUGUGCUGGAGCCCCGACGGGCGCUACGUCGUGACGGGGGGCGAAGACGACCUGGUCACCGUGUGGUCCUUCGCCGAGGGCCGCGUGGUGGCCCGGGGCCACGGCCACAAGUCCUGGGUCAACGCUGUGGCCUUCGACCCCUACACCACGAGGGCGGAGGAGGCGGCGGCUGAGGGCGCCGACGGGGAGCGGAGCGGCGAGGAGGAGGAGGAGCCAGAGGCGGGGAGCACAGGCUCGGGCGGGGGCGCCCCGCUCUCCCCACUCCCCAAGGCCGGCUCCAUCACCUACCGCUUUGGCUCGGCCGGCCAGGACACACAAUUCUGCCUGUGGGACCUCACCGAAGACGUGCUCUACCCACACCCUCCCCUGGCCCGCACGCGCACCCUCCCCGGCACGCCUGGCACCACGCCACCUGCCUCCAGCGGCUCGCGGGGCGGGGAGCCGGGCCCCGGGCCCCUGCCCCGCUCGCUGUCCCGCUCCAACAGCCUCCCGCACCCCGCGGGCAGCGGCAAGGCGGGCGCCCCGGGCACGGCGGCAGAGCCCGGCACGCCCUUCAGCAUCGGCCGCUUCGCCACGCUCACGCUGCAGGAGCGGCGGGACCGGGGGGCUGAGAAAGAGCACAAGCGCUACCACAGUCUGGGCAACAUCAGCCGGGGUGGCAGUGGGGGCGGGGGCGGCGGGGACAAGCCCAGCGGUCCCGCCCCUCGAAGCCGGCUGGACCCCGCCAAGGUGCUGGGCACCGCGCUUUGCCCGCGCAUCCACGAGGUGCCGCUGCUGGAGCCGCUGGUGUGUAAGAAGAUCGCCCAGGAGCGGCUUACAGUCCUCCUCUUCCUGGAGGACUGCAUCAUCACCGCCUGCCAGGAGGGCCUCAUCUGCACCUGGGCCCGGCCGGGCAAGGCGGUGAGUUUACCCUCGCCAGCCCACCAGGACCCAGACAGAGUUCACAGACGAGGAGACCGAGGCCCAGACAGGGGAAGGAAGUUGGCCCAGGUCACCCAGCAAGUCAGUGGUAGAGGGCAUCUCCUCCCAGCCAGGCAACUCCCCAAGCGGCACAGUGGUGUGAAGCUGUGGAUGUUGGGGUCCCCCCACACCACACCCCCAGCCUCCUAGUGUAACCCUUCCCGCUGACCUCACGGAUCAACGUAUUAACAAGACUAACCAUGACAGAUGGACUGCUCCGGUCCUUCGCCCUGCACAGAUUUGGGGGUAGAUGGUCCCUCAGACUGGCCCAGACACUGGGGGGAUGUAGUGGCCUGUGUGGCCUCCGCCUUGUCCCCACCCACUGCCAAGUACAAUGACCCCUUCCUCUGAGACAUCAGUGUUAGCCUCCCUGUCCCCAGCAUGUGACUGGUCACUCCUGGGGGAGAAACUGCCCCCCACAAGAGCCCCAGCUCUGCAGUGUGCCCCUCCAACCUGUGCGCAGGGCAGGGGGUGGCCCACCCCUCCCCUGGCCCCAGCCCUGCCCCUGCUAUUCCUUGUGCUUUUGAAGAGUGUUAAAUUAUGGAAGCCCCUUGGGGCCCUCCCUGUCCCCCGGGACCUCUUAUUUAUACUAAAGUCCCCUGUUUUCACCGCG